UAUUUUUUUGUGCUCUUUUCUAACAAACUAUUUCCCUCUCAAGCUGCAUCUGACAAUGUAUUUUUCUUCAUAUCGAAUAUCACUGACAGUCACUGUCUAAUUAGAGUCUUGGCUCUGAUCUAUGAAGACGCUUGAUCAAAACCAACAGCUUCUAGUUCCCAUGCACUAGCAAGCGUGGCCAUUUUGCCGACGAUUGGUCGAUAAUCCUGUCGCUGUUGACACUGUUCUUAUCUCAAAUCGGAUAAAACUAAAAAAUCCGGCGGUCAGCAAAUGCCUGGCCACAGCCUUUUGAGUCACGCUAGCUCGCAGCAGUGAUGAAGCAACGAUACAGAUGAUCCACAACCUUCGCGGAGCGCCUCUAAACACGAUUUAUACAAUGAAAUCAGUAUUCCUUAUCGCUUCCCUUCUUCUGAUCAAUGCUUCUGUUUUGUCAGUAGCAGUUAACAAAUGUUUCAACUGCGUCGAAAGCAACUGGAAUAAGUGCGAAAAGAGUCAAACCAGAACACAGUGUACGACGUCUUUGUUGGGGAAUACUCACUGUUACUCUGCUAAUGGACAAUAUGACAAUGGCACAGCAGUUAUGGAUGUGGUGGCGAGGGGCUGUAUCGACUGCUCAGACUCAAAAAAGGCUUGCGAGAAGUUAGAAAUGAUGAUGAAAUUUACCAGUUACAAGUUGCUGAGUUGUAAUAUUGUUUGCUGUUCAGAAGAAAAGUGUAACACGAUGAUGCCAGAACCUACAAUUACCGCGGCGUUUGAAAGGGAAAGUCACUUGUCUCCUGUACCACUGUUUUCCGCAGCUUCCAUGAUGAUUGAGAACGUUUUUCCUUUUGUCAAACUUGCGUUCUUAAUACACAUUCUGAUCUAAUAACCGGGAAUUUCUUAUCCGCUGUGGAGAGUCAAACUUUUUCACAUUUGUAGCAAGAUGCUAAAGAUGGAAGUGUAUUCCCGAACACACUUGAGGACACGAGAUACGUAUAGUGUCUUGGCAAAAAUAUUUUAUGAAAUUUGUUUGCUAUUGCUGUUUGGCGGAGGCAAAACAAUAGCAACAAAAACAACAUCAGCAAUCUUUAUUUGUAAUAUUCUUGCCUAAAAAUUAGAGUUCUGACUGUGUGGGAUAACCAUAAAGGUUGACAGAGUCUGGUAGCCCAAAAAGUAUUCAGAUUUUGAAUAUCGCGUCGUGUGUAAGAAUUUGGGAUCAAUAUCAGUAUCUGGGCAACUGCCCACCUACCCCUCCCCUAACUCAACAACAGUCAAUUGACAACAACUUAAGGUUAAUGUUGGGUUAGGGGAGGGGUAGGUGGGCAGUUGCCUAGAUACUGAUAUUGAUCCAGAAUUUGUAUUAUAUCGUUAAUUAUUGAGGUAGUAAGAAUAUUAGUGGGUUGGUCACACCACAUCUUGACGUCAUCUGUGACCCAUUACUGAACUGACGCAUGGGAAAAUGGCAUGUAUAAUUUCGUGCGUGCAAGGUAGCUAUGGAUUAUGAACCCAGAUUAUGAAAAGGGCUGAUUUGUGAUGCCCUGAUAUUUUCAGUGGAAGGAAGAAAUCAAAUAAUAAGAGAUACAGUUGCUCCUUAAUCCCCUGA